GCCUCGGUCCCCGCGUCCCCACCCGGCUCCAGUUCGGCGCAGCCCAGGCAGUCCCCGGCCUUCCUUCGAGGGGCGCCCCGGGCCCCGCUGCGCACCAUGGGCGCUGCCCACUCGGCGUCCGAGGAGGUGCGGGAGCUCGAGGGCAAGACCGGCUUCUCCUCGGACCAAAUCGAACAACUGCACCGGAGGUUCAAGCAGCUGAGCGGGGACCAGCCCACCAUCCGCAAGGAGAACUUCAACAAUGUUCCUGACCUGGAGCUCAACCCAAUCAGAUCCAAAAUCGUCCGUGCCUUCUUCGACAACAGGAACCUGCGCAAGGGAUCCAGUGGCCUGGCUGACGAGAUCAACUUCGAGGACUUCCUGACCAUCAUGUCGUACUUCCGGCCCAUUGACACCACCCUGGGCGAGGAGCAAGUGGAGCUGUCCCGGAAGGAGAAGCUGAAAUUUCUGUUCCAUAUGUACGACUCGGACAGCGACGGCCGCAUCACCCUGGAAGAGUAUAGAAAUGUGGUGGAGGAACUUCUUUCUGGAAACCCUCACAUUGAGAAGGAGUCAGCUCGAUCCAUUGCAGAUGGAGCCAUGAUGGAGGCUGCCAGUGUGUGCGUGGGACAGAUGGAACCGGACCAGGUGUAUGAGGGGAUCACCUUCGAGGACUUUCUGAAGAUCUGGCAGGGGAUCGACAUCGAGACCAAGAUGCACAUUCGCUUCCUCAACAUGGAGACCAUCGCCCUCUGCCACUGACUAUGCAAGGGAGGGGUGGUUGGAAGCUGGGUGUGGCUGCAGCCCUUGGCUCAGCCCUUUGCCUAAGCUGCUGUAACAGUCAGCGCCCCUUCACUUAUCCUUCCCAUGGGGUGUGGUGUCUGGGACUCUGCUGUUUUUAUCUCCAAUGUCAAUAAAGGUUUCUUAAU